ACGAAUGAAGUGGAGCUAACGAAUUGAACGAAUGAACGAGUGAGAGCACGGGAGCUGUUGAAGUGAAAAAGUUGUGUAAAAAUCGAACUUUUCGUUGUAUUUUAUUAAAGUUUUUGUGGAAAAAAUGACAAAAUUUUGUAGUUUAACGAAGGAAACAUUUGAAUUUUGAGAAAACCUGGAAUAAUAGUAAACAAAGAGCAUAUACGUGCUAAAAAUAGUUAAAACGACGAAGCACCAAGCAAUUGAAAUUUCAAUACACACAAAGAAGAGUAAUAAGAAAAGCAGAAAGAAAUACAUAAAUUGGUAUUUAGAAACUAGGGAAGGAGGCAACAGCACAAGGUGGGACACAUGUCAAAAGUGUAGAGCAGAUAAAAUAAAUAAGUGAACAACUAAUAAUAGCUGAAAGGUAUAUUUUAAUAUCAGUAACGGAAAAUUGUCAAGCUGAAGCAGUUGUUAAAUUGUUAUUUGAAGUAUUGUACAAAGAGAAACCUUCAUCUAAUUGAGAGAGCUAAUUACUAUAGGGGUUGAACACUUCAUAACGUAUAAUUAAAGGAAAGCUAAAGAUCAUCAUUGACGCUCAAAGCACUGAAGUCAUCGCAUAAUUGGCAUUUGCUUUUGGAAUUGACGCAGUAACAAAUUUACUACUGAAAGUUCAUUUGGAAUCGUCUGCCAUUGCUAAUUUAGAAUAUGAACGAAACUGCAGCAACUACUUCCUCUUCGUCGACGUCGUCGGCAGCAGCGGUUGCAGAUAGCGCUAGCGCUGCAGCCACUACAAAGACUGCAAACUCUGUUGCAGCCUCAGUGUCUGCUCCGGGCAGUGCGGCGGCAGCGGCCACCUCAACAACAACACCUGCAAAAGCAACAAGUGUUAAACUAUUAAUUAAAGCCUCAAAUCAACAAUACGAUGAUCAGAUUCUAGAGAUUGACUUGCUGUGGACGGUGAAGAGACUAAAAACACACUUGGCGCUGGUGUACCCCAAUAAACCGCCAGUUGACGAGCAAAAACUAAUUUACUCGGGCCAACUUUUGAAUGAUAGCUUACUGUUGAAGGAUGUUAUACGCAGCUACAAAGACGUCUAUACCCAGAAUCAUAUAAUACAUUUAGUAUAUACACCGAAGAAUUCUUUGAAUACAAGUUUUAUGCAAAAGUCUAAAAGUAGCUCUUCCUCCGCACCCGCCAACAUGAGUCCCAAUGGCAAUACAACUGACGGCUUGCGACAACGUCAUGCUACUGGAGCUGCUUCGUCGAACACAACAUCUCAACCGAAUUAUCAUCAGCAAUACUAUCAACAAUACCAGCAACAACAGCCAAACUUAGUGUACCCACAGUUUAAUCAGCAGAUGCAAAAUCAACAGUGUCCUGUGUAUGAUCCCAACAACCCACAAUACCCGUUGCCAUUUAGCAUUCCCAGACAGUUCAAUAUGCAAGCUAUGGCUACCCAACAGGCUGCCAUGUACAACUGGAUGCAGCAGGUCUACUCACAAUAUAUGGAACAGUGCAUUCGCAUGGCUAAUACUACCGCGACCGCUGCCGGUGUUCCCAACUUUUACACGACCAAUGUAGGAGCCGCUGCCACAGCUAAUUUGCCAACAACUAUGGCCAGCCCAUUGGGAUUUAAUCCUUUUCUACAACAGAUGCCUUUUCUAGCACCAGCUACAGCGGCGGGUGUUACCACAGCCGGCGCUCACAAUCCUGUGAUACCAGCAGCUACAAUGCUGUCGCAACAGGCUGGACCAGCAAAUUUGAGUGGUGCGCAGUCGUUGGCGCAACCAGUGCGCGGCACGGAAACUAACACUGCAGCGCAAGCUGCUGCCGGCGAGGAGGCGCAGCAGCCCCAGGGGCAACAGGAAAGGCAACAAGCGGCUGCACCACGUUUUCCCAACAUUGUGCAGGAGGAGCAAGAGAAUCGUGACUGGUUGGAUAACUUCUUUUCGAUAACACGUCUCGCUAUCUUUCUGACAAUUCUUUACUUUAAUUCAUCGCCGUUGCGCUGUCUAGCCGUCGUUGUAAUUGCUGGCGGUAUUUAUCUCUACCACAUUGGUGUGCUACGUCUGCGAAAUGAGCGUAACAACAACAACAUCAAUCGUAAUAACAAUGCGGCGGACGCGGAUCAAAUACGUCGCGGUGUACGACAAGUGCAACAGGUGGCACAGGCCGACGAACAGCGAAAUCCCGAGAAUGCUGGCGGAGCCGCUGAUAAUGUCGUCGAUGGUCAGCAGCAUUCUAGCGCCAAUGCAGCUGCAGGCGAAGGGACGACUGCAAAUGCAGCUGAGGCCACUGAAAAUAAUAACGAUAAUACAGCAUCUGUGAUUUCUAUUGUGCGCACUUUUGUGGUGACCUUUUUCACUUCUUUGCUGCCCGAAACGCCGACACUGUAAAGGGAUACGGAAAGCGAGUUUAAAAGACGCAAGGCGUAGCUUUUGAAUUGCUUUAAAACUAAUGUAGGCACUUUUCUAUAUGUAUAUUUAACAUUUACGAAUUAAUCUAUUCAAUGUUUGUUUAUCUUCCGAUACGAUCGUUUAUGGUCCAAAUGAAGAAGUGAGGAAAACAUUAAAACGACUGUUGUUUAAACAUCAUCACCACCGUCGUUUAUAUGCGCAUACAAUAAAAUGUAAAAUCACUCGCCUCCUGUUUGAAGGAUGGAGCGACUAUAGGCGGAAGUAUAGGAUAAAAAAAAUAUCUAUUUAUGUGCAAGCUAAUUGUUCCAUAACCACAAUGAUGCGCCUUUGCUUUAUAUGUUUUUUGUUCAAUUCCAUUGGGAAGUAAAAUUAGAAAAGUGUUGAAAUAUCCAGCUAAACAAGUGCAUUGUCGCUUCUCAUUGAUUAAAGCGCUAGCGCUGGUUGCAAAACUUUUUCAUUUGUGUAGAAUAAAUUGCUUUUUAAAUGAAAAAAAAAA